UCAACCUAACGAUCAAUGCGUCCUUAUAUUCUAAGCACCCACUAAAUGCAAACGCAGAAAUUAUAGAAAACUCCUAUACCAUUUCACUACUCUUAAAGAUAUGGCUGAAGAAUGCAAUGAAAGUUCUGUUGCUGCCACCGCUUCCUCCCUGUAUAAUUGGUGGCCAGAUCUUCAUUUAAAUUCUUUAUCUUCUUGGAGUACAAACAAUCCGUGGAGCCAACAAAAUAACAGCUCCAACUCUUCUGGUGAAGAGGAUGUUUCCAUGUUUACGACAUACACAAAUGUUUCUAAUCAGUCUGGUGUCAGCGUUGAGUCGUCGCGAAGACUAGUUGAAAGUGCAUCGACUAAUGAACUGGUUGGAGAAACGGGUUCUGAUGAUCAGCCAUGGAGCCAUGUUAUUUUAACUGGUAGCAAUGAAGACUGGCAGGACGGUCAAGAUGUAGGAGAGAAUCUACUCGAUGAUUUUUCUUCGAAAAAUCUGCCGAUUAGAAUGUUUGAUCCUCAAUAUGACUGCUUGAAGAGAAUGGACAAUGGAUGGGAUUUCACAGGUUCCUCAUAUUUAAAUUAUACGAACAAACAGUUCAAUGAGAGCUCAGUUCAAACUGGAAGGCUAAACAAGCUAUCAAAUUCAGUCUGCGAUCACCAGUUUGGUUCAUGUUCAUGCAAUACAUCAUUAGGUUCUAUAUUAAAUCAUAGUAGCAACAAUUUGAUGUUGUCUGGACGAAACAUGAACAGGAAUUUCAGCUUAUUAUCAUGUCGAUAUGGUAAUGAAAUGAAAGCAGAAAAUGAAGGAGCCAUUGAGAUAACAGGGACUGCAUUUCCUAGGUUGUGCAGCAGCACUAAUGAAGGGUCUGAAUAUCAAAUGAGCUAUAACAAGAACACAGCCGUAGGUGGUGAUCGUGGCAGAUAUCACAGUGGAUUAAUUUUGUCAGAUACGCAGUGGAAUAAUUCGAAAAGUUUGGCUGAUCUUAUAACUUUUAGUAGCUAUUCAAACAAGCCACUGAUCGAUAUCAAUUCUUCUAAAUCAGACCUAGAAACUUUGAAUUUAUCAGAUUCUAAGAAGAGAGAGCAACAAACUUCCUAUCCAUUUCAGCCUGCAGUAGCAACAAGCUCUACAGUAACAAGAAGCAACGUGAGGGCACAAAGAAUUAGAAGUCAUGAAGGAAAGAAGAAAAGAAUUGAAGAGAGUUCAGGCCCGGUUGUGAAGAAGCCUAUGCUUCAAUAUCCAACGGUCUCAUCUACCAAGACACAGGUUCCCAAAGUAAAGCUUACAGAUAAAAUCACAGCUCUUCAGCAACUUGUAUCGCCAUUCGGAAAGACUGACACAGCAUCUGUGUUAUGGGAGGCUAUUUGCUAUAUAAGGUUUCUACAAGAACAAAUACAGCUAUUGAUGAGCAACCCCUACAUGAAGAGCAACUCAUGCAAGGAUCCAUGGGGAGGAUUGGAUAGGUGGGAAGUGGAGGUUGAUCUGAGGAGUCGAGGUCUUUGUUUAGUUCCAAUUUCAUGUACACCUCAAAUAUUUGGCGACAACAAUGGAUCCGACUUCUUUACUCCAUCGUAUAGAGAAUGUUUGUACAAAUGAAAUAAGAGAAACGCUACAAGUACAUAUUUUUUUAACGGAUUUUAUACAGAAAACAAAAUUAUCUCAUAGGGAUUGGCUAUUGCCAAAAAUUGUUUUUGGCAAUGACAAAUCACAGGGAGAUCAUCUUCUUGUAUAAAAUCUGGUAAAAAAAUCUGUAUCUAUCGAAUAAUUCUCACUAAGGAGGCAAAGGUUGGUUGAUGUUCACAAAUAAAUUAAGAUCCUUUCUUGGUUUGUUCUUAAUAAAUUGUUGAGUUAAAUGUAGAAAGCUAGCUUCCAUGGAUAAUGAUCUAUUUGUACAGUACGUGUAAUGAAUUUUGAACUGUGCUGCAAAAUGUAAAAAACUUAUAUGUAUUCUUGUGCUACCUUUACAGUACUAUAUAUAAAUUUUUAAAAUAAGAAAUGUUUUCAACGAGUAAA